GGGAGAGGAUGCACCUUACCUUGCCUUGGAAAGGGCAUGGAGCGGCCGGCGGCGCGGGAGCUGCAGGGCGCCGACGCGCUGCGCCGCUUCCAGGGGCUGCUGCUGGACCGCCGCGGCCGGCUGCACGGCGAGGUGCUGCGCCUGCGCGAGGUGGCCCGGCGCCUCGAGCGCCUCCGCCGGCGCUCCCUGGCGGCCAACUUGGCGGGCAGCUCGCUGAGCGCCGCGGGCGCCGUGGCCGCCAUCGUGGGGCUCUCGCUCAGCCCGGUCACGCUGGGGGUCUCGCUGGUGGCGUCGGCCGUGGGGCUGGGGGUGGCCACCGCCGGAGGGGCCGUCACCAUCACGUCCGACCUCUCCCUGAUCUUCUGCAAUUCCCGGGAGCUGCGCAGGGUGCAGGAGAUCGCCGCCGCCUGCCAGGACCAGAUGCGCGAGAUCCUGAGCUGCCUCGAGUUCUUCUGCCGCUGCCAGGGCCGCGGGGACCGCCAGCUGCUGCAGUGCGGGCGGAAAGCCUCCAUCGCCCUGUACAACUCGGUCUACUGCGUCGUCUUCUUCGGCUCACGUGGCUUCCUCAUCCCCAGGCGGGCGGAAGGGGCCACCAGGGUGAGCCAGGCCGUGCUGAGGGCCAAGAUUCAGAAACUGGCCGAGAGCCUGGAGUCCUGCACCGGGGCCCUGGACGAACUCAGUGAGCAGCUGGAGACCAGAGUCCAGCUCUGCACGAAGGGCGGCCGUGGCCAAGACCUCAAGAUCUCCGCUGACCAGUCUGCCGCGCUGUUUUUCUGAGAACAUCCUUUGCCCUCAUGACCGAGGCCAGAAACCAUGCCCCGGGAUGCUCCAGAUUUGUAGCUCCCUCAGGAAAACAACACCAAGUUGGAUUAGGAGCGGAAUGCAAAGGAUGAGAAAAACUGUUCUUGAAAUUGGGGGAAGGAGGGGGUGCUCAGAGCCCUUCUUUUGCCAUCGCUGUGACAUCCUGCCUGGGGUUGCGUGCUAGGGACUUUUUACUUGCCUAAUCCUAUGGGCUAUGUGAACUGAAAACUAUUUUUCCUUUAUCAAAACCGUUCAGUCUCCACACCGGUGGGCACCACUGUAUUAAAGUUGUUUCAGGGUCCCUGCCCCAGCCCUGGUGGUUUGAGCAGAGGCUGGGGAUGCUGGGGGUGCCGCCACCCUCUGGGUCCUCUCCAAGCCCCACUAGGGUUUGAGGUCCUCAAAAUGCUUGUGAGAGGAGACGCUAGCGUUAAAGCUUCUCUUCCAGAGUCUCUGAGUAUAAAGAACUCCAGAAUCCAGAGCAAAUCAGGUCCCCUCUGAACUGUGUAGCCAGGUUCAGGACCCAAGAGGGGCCUUUCCCAUUGAUACGCGUUUCCCUCCACCUUCAGUGUGCCCCCUCUCAAAUCCAGCCUGGGGCAGAGUGGAUAUUCCUGAGGGGUUUCAUAGCCAGACCUCCAGAUAUUCUGGGAGGGAAACCGACUAAAUGGUCGUCUGAAUCCCACCCCCUUGCAACAAGCAGCUGAGGCCAAGGAAGAUGAAGUGACUUACAACUUUACUUACGGGCAUCCUAGUGUACAGAAGAAAGCAGUGGAUUUGAGUUAGGUAGUUCUGGGUUUAUUAUAGGCUCUGCCACUACUAUGGGACCUUGGCCACUUAAUUCCUCUGAGACUUGGCUUCCUGGUCUGUGAAACAGAUGUGAAAACGUCACCCUGUUGUAAGGUAUUGAGAUGAAGUGCCAAGCACAGUGUCUGGCUCAGGAAGUGUGGCCCCAGGGCAUUAGCAUCACCUGGGAACUUGUUAGAAAGGCACAUUCUUGGACCCAACUGUCGACUUAAGGAAUCAGACUCUGGAGGUGGGGCCCAGCAACCGGUGUUUAAACAAGCCCACGGCGUGAUUCUGACAUCUAUUAAAAACUUAGGUUUUGAAGAGAACUGCAACAGAUGUUCAUUUCUGAUCCUCUCGGGAGUCUUCAUGAAGUCUCACGGCCUCCCCAGAGGCUCCAUGGCCUUCAGAGUCGUUCACAGAAGGUCAAGGUUGGACAGGGUCCCAAAAGUAAAAGCAAGAAUGUGCGUGGGAUAGGCCAUUGCGACCUGGGGCAUUUUCCCACCACGUGAAGUAAGGGAUAUAACAUAGUAACCCCUCUAGAGGGCAGUGUUGCCCACUCGUUGUAGGAACUGAUACACAAAGGAAUGUGAACCUAGUGCAAAUUGGCCUUUGUUACCUACUCUGAAAACUGCCAGACCAUGUAUUUUUUUAAUUUAAGUUUGUUAUUUAAUUGCUGUUUAUUAUUUGCAUUUAAUUGUAUUUAAUCACCACGCCACGUUUAGAAAAUAAUAGGAAUAGCCAGUUUCUGAACAGGAGACUGCGGAGGCUCUUUUCAGGAGAUGAGACUGAGUUUUGCCUUCCUAAGGUGGGGCAUGAGCUGGAAAUAGCUGGAAAUAACAUGGCUCUCCUUGAAUAAGUCUCUCUCCAGGCGAGGGGAAUUUUAUUCCUUGGUGAUUUGAGUGAUCCUUUUAGGUAAAUGUGGGAAGUUCUGAAUAGAGAGACCACGGGACGAAUUUAGGCUUAUCAAUGGAGGUUUGACUUGCGGGCUGUAGAAAUGAUGCAAACAUAUUUAUCCUGAAGGUACUUUGCCAGCAAAUAACAUUUGACCUGAAAAGCAAACCUAUUUUGUUCAGGGGAAAAAAAAAAACCUCAAUUAGAGGCAUGUGAAGGAGGCACUCAGACCAUGGCAGCCUGAUGUCUUGUGAAGUUAUGUCUUGUGGAUGAUAGACAAUGGCUUGUGUCAUAUUUUCACGUUGGGAGCUGUAAGGAAUCUGUGAGCUCUCUCUAAGAAAAUACUUAUCAUUUCUUCAAUUUCCAUUCCUACAACCGUAAUGGUGAAAAAUAUGUUGAAAAGUCUUUGGGACCACACAGGCAAAACUUGGCUGGGUUAUUUAGUUAUUUAACAUGCUUUAAAUUAACCCAAUCUACCCCUGUGUUUCCCAAUGAUGGCGGAGUAUCUGAGGAACUACAAUCUCAGCGCUGCGGGGAGGGCUUAGUGGCUCUAUGUUUUUAUUUUUCCUAUAAAUUGCAAUUGGUCUGUAUCCUGGUUUCUUUUGAAGUUGGUACUGGUUUCUUUUUAAACUGGUGUCAUUUCUUAGACCACCUUGCAUGAAUGCUAGCAUUUUAGAUCACCAGAAUGUACUUCACAUUGUUGUCCACGUUAUGUCUCAAAGGUACAACUACUCCCUAACUCCAUCUUUUAUUGAUGCUUAAGUUUGAGUUAUAGUCUUCCAAUGGGUGUGUUGUUCCCUAGAAAUAAACUGGGUAUUUCAGGAAGCAAUAGGAGCAGCUGUAGCAAACUUUUCCUAUCGUUAGGGUAUUUUAGGGAUAUCAAAAUCAUAAACUCCCCAAGUUAUCAUUUCAGUGGCCCCCUUUACAUCUAAGGAAGGGUGUCUACUUUGGAACAAUACUUUGCACAUUAUAGGAGCUCAAUCCAUGCAUUUGAAUAAUUUAAAGAACUGCUUAGCUAUAGAAAUGGGAAUUUGUUGGUAAUGAAAUGUUAUCCAUCCUUUUCUGUGUCUGAUACAAAAAGUGGAGCCUCUACCAGGAUUUAGUCAAGUUCAGUUAAAUGGAUCAUAGAGACAAAUAUUUAUUUAUUUCUUUUGGGGGAAUGCAAAUAAGGCUUUUCCUUAAGGCCUUCAUUCUAUAAACAAACAGAUUGAAAUGGUAUGUUGCAAAAGGAAGAAAAGAGGGGUAUUUCGAUUACAAGUAUACUUCAGAAAAAUGUCCAAGUUUGAAAAAUAAAAGUUUUGUACUAAGA